GUGGGCGGGAUCGUGACGGAGGGGUUUGGUCGAGUCUUGUAGAGGAUGCUGUGGGGACUCGACUCUGAGAGUUCAGGAGGCAUUGGUGUCUGAGGAAAGGCGGCGGAGUUUUAAAACAGCUAAAAGAAUAGAGAUAACAUGCAACCAGUGGGAAAAAAGGCAGUCUCUCUGAUAUAGAUUGUGUGGAAUUCGUUAUAUUUAUCUGUACGAACCGAUAGUUUUAGCGGUUGCUAUGGGUGGGCAAAACGCGUAAAACGGACUAGCGCGGAAUGGGGAGCAUGCGCCUCUGGCAGGUGUUCUUGUUUUUGUAACUUGUGCUUUCGAAAAACAACACGUAGGGCAGAUAUUACAAUGAAAAAAAUACUUUCUGUGUGGCUGGUAAGUUAUAGAUUUCUCUGUGUGCGGUUAUUGGAGAUCAGUUUGUCUCCCUGUUCCUCAGAUUUACAAACCCAGCGUGGUUUUGGUAAGCUAUACAAAUGCACCAGUACUCGUGUUUUGGUCCUGCCGUUCCCGUUUCAGCUGUGAGGUUUUCAUGCGUGCAAUUCUUCGGCUAGUGCAGUAAUUAGUUGUCUGUUCCUUUCCUGUAACUUAUUAGACUGUACCGAAGGGAGGAGCCGCACAGCAACAACGUUCAUGUUGCAUAAUAAAGGACAGUAAAAUAUUAUUUGGCGGCUGUACAAUAAGUACUAGACGACUUUCCUGUCCCAAACAGACAAGUGUCACGCCAAGUACCGAUAAGCUCUAUAAAAAUCUGAAAUAUGGGAACAUGUAAUGUGUUAAGCACGCCCGGUAAUACUAUAUUAUAAAAAUGGCAGCGAGUGGUUACACCGACCUGAGAGAGAAACUGAAGUCUACGACACCGCACAGAGACGAUUACAAACCCAAGGUGUCGGACUACAGCAAUGGACGCAAGCGUAAGUACCGCGACUCCGAGGAGGACUACAGCGACUACGAAGAGCAGAGAGAAGUGGAGGCCCAGAAAGUUCAAGAUGGGAUCAGGCAAGUGAACAUCUUCAGUUCGGUGGACUGCGCCCACAUCGAAGCGAAGAUCGACGAGGUUGUAUCUGCAGCCGAGAAGGGCCUGUACCGGGAGCACACGGUGGACCGGGCACCCCUGCGAAACAAGUAUUUCUUUGGGGAGGGCUACACUUACGGCUCGAAGUUAGAAAAGCGAGGCCCGGGGCAGGAGCGGUUAUACUCCAAGGGAGAAGUCGAUGACAUCCCAGACUGGGUUCAUGAACAGGUUAUAAAGAAGCUGGUGGAAAGCCGGGUCAUCCCUGAAGGUUUCGUCAACAGCGCUGUUAUAAACGAUUACCAACCAGGAGGCUGCAUCGUUUCACACGUGGACCCCAUUCACAUCUUUGAGAGGCCCAUCGUGUCGGUGUCAUUCUUCAGCGACUCUGCGCUGUGCUUCGGAUGCAAGUUUCAGUUCAAGCCCAUCCGAGUGUCCGAGCCGGUGCUUUUCCUUCCAGUCAGGCGAGGGAGCGUCACUGUGCUGAGUGGUUACGCUGCAGAUGAAAUUACCCACUGUAUUCGACCACAGGAUAUAAAGGAAAGAAGAGCUGUCAUCAUACUCAGAAAAACAAGGUCUGAUGCCCCACGAUUGGAAACCAAGGCAUUAAGUGCUACAGAUCCUCCUGCUGCCACCCCAGAAAGACCCUGGAUAUUGAAACCAAAGCGAUCGCAUCGUAAGGCAGACCCUGAUGCUGCUCAUAGGCCUCGAGUAUUGGAAAUGGACAAAGAAGAAAACAGACGCUCUGUCAUUUUACCAGAACGUAGGAGAAAGAGUGGUUCCAGUUCAGACAAUUACUGGAGGAGGUCCCACGAGGCUUCAGACAGUUACGAUGACACAGACGACAAUGCAAACGCAGCCAGGAAAGUGAAAAUGAGACGACACUGAGGGAGCUGAAUUGCAAGUCUGUAAUCAACAAAUACGACAUUAAGAAUGCUGCAGUUCUGGCAUGCAUUUGUGCAGGCAGCCUUUGCAACUCGAGUCACUGCCGCAUGGAUUAAAUAAAAGAUGGCUUCACAGUCUUAAGGGAUCUGUAACACCCCAAUUAAGCAAUAAGAACUUCUCUGUUUUGAAGUUCAUUUUACCAGGCUGUACCAUGGAAACAGAAGUCAAAAUAUUCUUUUGAACAGCUCCACUGGUAGGGUUUUCGAUCUUCAUGUAUUAUCUGACUUGUAUAAAUUGCUAGGUUUGAUUGAAUAAAAUGAGAAAGCAA